AUGUAAUAAUAAUAAAAACAACCAAUUCAUGAGAGACGUCGUAGAAGUGGAGCUUUACAUGCUUAAACAUGUGAAGAAUAUUUGAAAGUAUAAUUAUAAUUGUAUGAAAAAAGAAAUAUGAAUAAAUUGGAUAAAUUGUAAUAAGAGAGAGUUCAAGAAAAAAGAGUUUAUCAGAAUCAGCUUUUCUUAAUUUUGAUUUCAUACCUGCAGAUGAAGGAGUAGAAGACAUAUGCUAAUUGAAAAUAUUGAUUUAUUCGCCAAAAAUAAAAUUGAAUGAAUAAGAAUUCUUACAAAUUUUAAAGCGUGUAAGAAAUAGAUCAAUAACUACUGAUAAUUUACCAAAUGUUCGUUAAACAUUUGAUUACGAUUUCUUUUAUAGAGAAUAUGAUGUCAAUGAUAAACAUUUUGGUCUACAUUUCUGGAUUUAAAAUAAUCCUAAAAAUAAGCAUAAUCUCUUUUUUUCAGGUAUCCAUCAUUAAAAACAUAAUAAUAAUAGAGAAUUACUAUAGGUUCUUUAAUGCAGCUAUAUUAUUAUAGAGAGAUUAAAAUGUAGAGUCAUUGAUAAGAGAGACUAAUCCUAACUGUAUGAUUAAAAUUUUUCCAUUUGUAAGAGUAUUUUAAUAUUAAUUAGAUGGAUGAAUUGCUACUGGAAUCACUUUAAUCUAUUAUAGCUGAAGUAACAAUUUUAUUUAAUUAGUUAGAUCUGUCAUAGCAAUAUCAAAUCUUGAC